AUGUCAACACAAUUGCAAGACGAAUUUGAAGAUGAAUUUGAACUUGAAUCAUUGUUUCCAUAUCUUGAUGAUGAAUUAUUCCCAUAUGUAUUAUAUCAAGACGAAUUGUAUCUGGGUGAAUCGAAUCAAAAUGAAUCGUAUUAUGAUGGAUUGAAUCAAAAUGAAUUAUAUCCUGAUGAAUCAAAUCAAAAUGAGUCGUAUCCUGAUGAAUCAAACCAAAGUGAACAACCUUGCCCAGAUGAGUCAUCAUCACAAACAGAAUCCCAAAAUACUAA